AUGAGGACCGGAACAUUGUACACGAACACAACCGCGGACGAGCGCACCGGCACGUGACAGUCUCGCGGCGAGUGGCGGGAGACCGGAGGGGAUAAGGUGACACAGCAUCGUACUGGAUAAGGCAAAAAUCCAACAUAACGGAAAAACCUCCGAUUGACGGCUAGGCCGACGGAUGUUAGCAGCUUCGUGCUACUGAGCUGUAGUUGCCAUGGCGUCGUCAGUACGUGUCCCGUCGGUCUUCUCCUCUGCUCCGUCCUCCGCUUGCAGUUUUAGAAGGUUCGGAGGGUAUUCAACCGUCUCAUUUGGUUUCACUUCGUGGGAAUCUGAAAGGAGGAAGGGCUUCCAGAAGCUCGCGGUAUCCGUCUCCGCUGCAGCGGCGGAUUCCCCUCCGAGCACAGUCCUCGUCACCGGCGCCGGCGGCCGAACCGGUCAAAUAGUUUACGAGAAAUUAAAGGAGAGAUCGGGCCAGUUCACCGCAAGAGGUCUAGUAAGAACACAAGAGAGCAAGGAGAAAAUCGGGAAUGCUGACGAUCUCCAUGUUGGAGACAUAAGGGAUGCUGGCAGUAUUGUUCUGGCAUUCCAAGGCAUUGAUGCUCUCAUAAUCCUAACUAGUGCGGUUCCCAAGAUGAAACCUGGGUUUGAUCCGAGCAAAGGUGAAAGGCCCGAGUUUUACUUCGAAGAAGGAGCCUUUCCUGAGCAGGUGGACUGGAUAGGGCAGAAGAAUCAAAUUGAUGCAGCUAAAUCUGUUGGGGUGAAGCAAAUCGUGUUGGUCGGCUCCAUGGGUGGAACAGAUAUUAAAAACCCUUUGAACAACAUAGGCAAUGGGAAUAUACUGGUUUGGAAGCGGAAGGCUGAGCAGUACUUGUCUGAUUCUGGCAUUCCUUACACAAUUAUAAGGGCAGGAGGCUUGCAAGAUACAGUCGGGGGAAUCCGUGAGUUGCUUGUGGGAAAAGACGAUGAACUUCUUCAAACACAAACAAGAACCAUUGCCCGGGCUGAUGUGGCAGAAGUUUGUAUUCAGGCUCUGCUGUUUGAGGAGGCAAAAUUUAAGGCACUUGAUUUGGCCUCAAAACCUGAAGGUGAUGGUACUCCAACGAAGGAUUUCAAAGCCCUCUUUUCCAAAGUAACAGCCCGAUUUUGAAUUUGAGUGUGAAGCAUCGGUGAUCAACCAGUAGAGAGUAGUAAAACUCCUCACUACAACUAGAGAGCUGGGUUUUCUGCAUAAAUCAGAAAAAGGUGCAGGAGGAUGUUUUUGUGCCAGAACCUCGUACAGAGAUUUCUCGGCCAUCUGAAGAUCCAGGGAGUCUUGGAGCAUAUGUGAUUCCUCAUCUAUGUCCUCUUCCAUGAGGAUCUGAUUAAUGUAUCUGAGGACAGCGUCCGGGAAAUCGCUGUCUUCUGAACAAUGUUGCUUGUGUACCUGACUUGACCAUUGCAUCGAAUUGUCUGAGGUUGGCUUCUGUGGAAUAUGUUGGAGUUCUCUGCAGCUGCCAUCAGCCUCGAAUGUACUGAAACUCUGUCCGGUGCCAAUUCUCUUCAUGUUGACAGACAUGGAUCCGUCACCGACUAUCGGAAAUGCUCCAGUUUGGGGACAAUCCAUAUAAUCAUGCAACCCAAUCAGAUUGCUAGUCUCAAAUCUACAAGCAGUUUAAUUCA